CUGUCCUGCACGCGACGGGAUGUUAGACGAAUAUCUCGGAGACUCCGCGGCGCUCUUCGGCGACGUCGUCCAAGAUGACGGCAAGAUUUAUUACGGGCCACUCGUCCUUACCACGGCGCCCAAGGAAGGCAAGGCGAAUACGCUGCUGGCCGACCACUUGUUCUCGCCGUCGCUGCUGCUCGCGGAGCGUAUCGAGCGAGGAUUGAUCCCGCUGCAGAACAAAACCGUGAUAGAGUUGGGUGCCGGCUGUGCGCUGCCGUCCCUUCUAGCAUCCACUCUGCCAAUCCCUCCAACCGUCGUCGUCAUCACCGACUACCCAGACGAGACGAUCCUCGGAAACUUACAUGACAACGUCACACGGAACAGAGACAAGGCGGCCGCCGGCUGCAGCUUGCUUUUCCGUGGCUACGAAUGGGGGCAGGACGCGAGCCCGCUUCUGGAGCUAUCCCCCGCGCAUGCGGGCUUCGACGUAGUCAUCCUAUCCGACCUCCUCCACUUUGACCGCUCACAUGACGUGCUCCUCGCCUCCCUAAGAGCCCUCCUCCGCGCAGACAUCACCGCCCGCACGUACGUCGCCGCAGGGAAAUACACGCCCCCUCACGUGUGCGCCCAUUUCGUACAGGCGGCCGCGCGAUCAGGCAUCGUCCUCGAGGAGGGGGAGGAGAGCGCCGAGUGGCUGGGGACGCUGCCGGUCAGCGGGUCCGGGCUGGACAGAGAGCAGCUCGGGGUGAGGAAGGGGAUGUGCAGGUGGUGGGUUGGGCGGUGGGCGUCGGACUGCGCCGGGCCUGCCGUGUCGUGAGGCGAGCAUCGAGCUCGAGCUCGGUUGCACGUGGGUGCGUGCCUCGUGCCUGUCGGCCAUUAUCUCAUCUUGACAUUGCUGGCGACACAGCACACCCUCAUCUCCGUCGUGUGCGUAAUAUGAACGUGUAUUUACUAAACGGAUCGUUGUACGUUCAAUGAGUUGCUCG